AUGGUGUUCACAAGGGAACAUGAGAAUUUAGUGAAAGAGGGAGAAAAGUGGAUGAAAACCACCACGGAAUCUUGCAGCAUCACUGUUGCCCUGAUUAUGACAAUCGUAUUUGCAGCCGCAAUUACUGCACCUGGUGGAAGUAGUCAAGAAACAGGCAUCCCUUUGUUCAGAAAAGAAAUGACAUUCACUAUAUUUGCGGUAUCUGAUGCUAUUUCACUAUUUGCAUCUAGUACCGCAUUGUUAGUGUUCCUGUCUAUCCUGACAGCACGUUUCGCUGAGCAAGACUUUCUAGUCAGAUUGCCAAGGCGAUUGCUUAUUGGACCUUUCUCAUUAUUGCUCUCCACUACAACCAUGAUGGUAGCCUUCAGCGCCACCUUGUUCAUUGUCUUUUGUGAUAAAAAUCCAUGGAUGCUUGCUCCAAUAUGUGUGUUAGCUUUUAUCCCGAUUGCAAUUUUUGUUACUUUACAAUUUCGCCUCAUAAUAGAUCUUUUCCAAUCCACACAUGUACACAUAUUUGGAAAGCAUAGAAAAAGCUUUCUCAGAAGAUUUAAUCCGGAUGACAUUCGGUUACUCUUUGGUAAAUGA